AGGUGUUGCAUAAAACACGUCAUAAAACACAAGUACAGCGCUUUCUUUCCGCACAGUCGCUGGACUCAUCAUUUGGAGAAUAUGCCUUUUUCAGAGACGAGAACAGCAUGUCAGCGCAGCAUAUGGACCACGCAGAAGCUCAUGCACUGAAAACCCCUAAACCUUCACACAUCCAUCAAUAUGCAGUCGAGGUGUUUUCAUCAACCCACAGGCCUGGGCCAGGACCCACACGACCUCCUUAACCUGCAGAUGAAGGUGGACUUCUUCCGAAAGCUGGGGUACUCGCCGCAAGAGGUAAAAGCUGCUUUGAGGAAGCUCGGCCUUGGGACGGACACUAAUGCGGUUCUGGGGGAGCUGGUCCGUUCAGGGGCGAAGGCUGUGCCCUCUUCUGUUUCCGAUAGUGAUGAUGGGGGCUCAGGAUUGUCCCAUAGGGGAGGGGGCUCCUCUAGAGGACAGGGAUCUAAGCUGGAUGACACCACUGAAGCCGAAAGCGACCUGAAACCUAUAGUUAUAGAUGGCAGCAAUGUGGCUAUGAGUCAUGGAAACAAGGAAGUGUUUUCGUGCAGAGGGAUUGAGCUGGCAGUCGGCUACUUCCUUGACCGAGGGCACAGAAGUAUCACCGUGUUUGUGCCUUCCUGGAGAAAAGAGCAGCCCCGGCCUGAUGUACCUAUUUCAGAUCAGCAUAUUUUGGGAGAGCUGGAAAGAAAGAAGUUUCUUGUGUUUACACCUUCACGACGGGUCGGAGGAAAGCGUGUGGUCUGCUACGAUGACCGUUUUAUCGUCAAGCUCGCUCAUGACCUGGACGGCAUUAUCGUGUCUAAUGACACAUACCGUGACCUGCAAAGUGAGCGUCCGGAGUGGAAGCGUUUCAUCGAGGAGAGACUGCUCAUGUACUCCUUUGUCAAUGACAAGUUCAUGCCACCUGAUGACCCUCUCGGCCGUCAUGGUCCCAACUUGGAUAAUUUUCUUCGGAAAAAAACAAUGUUGAUUGACCACAAGCGGCAACUCUGUCCGUAUGGAAAAAAGUGCACAUAUGGGAUCAAGUGCAAGUUCUACCACCCAGAGCGCACUAAUCAAUCCCAACGUUCUCUGGCCGAUGAGCUUCGGGAAAAUGCCAGACUGUCUGGUUCUAAGGAGGACUGCAGAGUUUCCGAAUCUCUAAGAGGCGUAUACCCAAGAAACGACCCUGGAUCCUGCUCUCCCUCCCUGGAGCAAGAACUGGAAAAGAAGCUGAGCUUGGAGCCCGAGAGCUCUAACAGCAGGGAUGUCUUGCUCCACUACUGGGAUGACAUCAUGUCCAUAAAAAAGCCCUCAAAUAGAGCACCGGUCGGACCACACAGUGCUUUGGAAGACAGAACCAGUCUGCAUGCACCAUAUUCAAAAAACCCAUCCAUUUUCAGUUCCGACUCUGGGCUUGGAUCCUUCGAAAGCCAAUUUUCAGAGCAACCCCAGAGUUUUGAUGAGUUGCACAGGAUUAGAUCUUGUCAUCCCCCAAUGCCUGAUAAUCCUGCGGUACCUGCUGGUGGCCAGCACUAUUAUAACAACAUUAGUCAUUUCUCCAGCCUUCAGCCAAAUUACACUGCUUACAACUCUCUACCUCUGCCUAACCCUGUCCAGAAUUACAGUCUUCCUGCUUGUGGUGGCUGGUCUUACCCAUACUACUUACCACAGGUAACCGGUUUAGCAGAGCCUUUAACAAGUCAUCGUUCACAAGGAUCCGCCGGUGACUACAGAAGCCAGCAGCAUUCAGCCAUGACACAGUCCAACGCUUUCCAAGAGGAAAGGGAGGAGGUCAGGAAGAAGCUUUAUGCCAUUUUUAACCCACGUCAUGUAAAUAAAGUUAUGGAUAUGUUCCCUCAGCUGAAAGAUGCACAGCAGCUGGCUGCAGAAGUUCUCAAACUCAAAUCCAGCGGAGAGUUCUUCUGAUUGUUUGAAACUUGAGGAUCACGGAAAAAGACUGCAUGGCAGAUCUCUUAAAAAGAGCGCACUCUCUAGAGGAAUGCAUGAAAAUAUUUACCUUAAGGGGUAUAACAGCUUGAGCCUGAGGAAAUUCCCUUAAAGAAACAGCCUUGCAUUUUAUUCUCAAAAGGGUUCAUAGUUGCCUAAAACAUACUUUGGCCAUCUGCAUUACGAAACAGUCAGUGAGUUCACUGUGGAAAUCAUGUAAUGUUUGGUCUUCAGACAACCCAGUAGUACAGUACAGUGUAGUAGAGUAUGGAUCACCCUGAUCAGGCUUGUUUCCACUGCCAGCUCUACCCUUACUUGGCAGGCAAGGUGUAUGCCAGAAAGUUGCAAUUGAUGUAAUUCUUACUCAAAAAAGAAAGCUGCAUAGGCCGUUCACAUAACACUCAACUUCACAAAAGUUUCAAAUGUAGUUGCAUGGCAAGUGUAUGCAAAUAGAUAGACGAAGCAGUAAGCCAUGAGCUUUCCACACAAGCCCAGCGACGGGUUGCUCCCCCCAACACCCACCCCUACAAUACCCAAUUUAGGGGCCCAGUGAUGGGGUUGCUCCCUCCAACACCCAGCCUCAUCCCCCUAUUCACUUAUGACAUCGUUAAUGUACCCCCAGCUUAUCAGUUACAAGAUCGUUAACGUCUCCUCCCCCUUCCCUCCCGGUACUGACGAGAUCGCUAACGUCAACCGCCACCUAUCCCUCCGCCUUCGGUCAUCACCUUUUCUCGAGGGGGCCCCCAUCAAAUAUUUGUGUAUACUGUAGGGCCCAAAAUUGCUAGUGACGCCCCUGGGUACAACCUCUGUUGUGCGAGAUCAGGCAUGUAUAAGCUCGGUCCCGGAGGGCCGGUGUCCUGCAAAGUUUAGUUCCAACCCCGAUUAGACACACCUGGGCUAGCUAAUCAAGCACUUACUAGUCUUUCCAGAAACACCCGUGCAGGUGUGUUGAGGCAAGUUGGAGCUAAAAUCUGCAGGACACCGGCCCUCCAGGACCGAGUUUGGACACCCCUGUGCUAGAUACUCGUACGAAAAUGUUCCAAAUAAGUGGUACGGUACAAUUAGCUAUUUUGGUAUCUCCGACAAGCGGAAGCGGAAAUUAAAAUCGGACUGUACCAAACCCUACUGUACAAUUUGGUCUGUGGAAACAAGCCAGAUAGUUAGUCUGCAUAAUACAGUGGACAUGGAAGUUCUUGCCAUUAGGAAUCCACUAGCUGGUACUUGAUGAACAUUAUCAAGGAAGGAAAUGUCACUAUCUUGUCCCAAUAAUCAAAUACAAGUUUAGCACAUGACUUCUGAGAGUGUAGCUUUUGACGUGUUCCUCUUUUCUGUGUUUUGGAGGUUUCUGAGAACUCUCACAAACCUAAAUGACUUAUCACACAGUACGUGUGGUAACUAUGUAUGACUACAAUGUCAAAUCUUUGUCUAGAUGUUGUUUUUUUAUAGGGGUUGAUGCACAUUGCGUCAAUUGUUGCUCCUAAUGUGUAGCAAACUGUACCUUGACGUAAAGGAUACAGAUUUAGUUCGAACCGAAGCUGAUGUGUAACUUAAAAAUAGUUGUAAGUAAUUGCAGUUAUUAAUAACGACCAGUCCUGUUUUUUUUAAUGUUCAGGGUUAUUUUGUAGUUAAUAAGUCUAGCUGCUAAUUAUUCAUUCGAAUCAUCUCCACCUUAGAGUCAUUUUAAAAAGGAAAAGAUGUGCUUCCUUGUCUGCUAUAGGCAUUUUGCAUAUUCUGUUUCAGUUAUUAGAUAUGGAAAUCCCCUAAAAUGAUUUAUGACCAUACUUAUUACUUUAUUACAGACAUUACGUCAACCUAUUUGACUCCGGUAAGAUAAAAAAAAAAAUGCAAUGAGUCACAGAGUACUAGACACUACAUUUUAAUUGUGCUUUAACGUUACAUGGUCCUGUUUUGUAACUCCGAGCAAGUGGAUUUUAGCAAUUUCAAUGUAUAAAGGAGAUCUUUCCUGCUAUGCAAAAUGUACUUUCUUUUCAACUCUUUGCACUAAUUAUACAGGCUUUACUUUUACGUGUCAGAAGACGUCAGAGUCUUAAUAUAAAAUGAUGAAAUAAAUUUUAGAUCACAGUUCAGCAGAAUGAAAAUUGUCAUCAUUAUAAUAAAUUAUGAUGUUUAAAUGUGCUGAUAUUAUUAUAAUGCUUGACGUUUUGUGAUACGACACUAAUAUUUUAUCAUCCAUUUUCAAUAGAGUUGGCUUUUGUGUUGCUAUAACACUGUCGUGUGUUUUUGAAAGUCUGUUGUUCAUAUUUAAAGACACUGACAGCGGUUUUUCAUUUUGUUCCUGUUUUCUUUUAUGAGAAGACGGCCUACGUUUUAUUUUUGUUAAUUAUUGCAUCUGUUUGCAAAGAUGUGCCAUUUGCAUGAGUGUUUUUUUUAUAUAUCUUUACAUAGAUCUACUCUUCUGUAUGUACAUGAAUGUUUAUAACCUGCCAGUGCCUUAUAAUCAUUAAUGUGAACAGGAAAAAGAGUUCUCAGUGUUUUAUUGGCAAAUGCAAUAAUAAAAAAAAGCUAUUAAAAUGUA